UAAUUGUUCAUUAAAGCGAAUGGUAUUGCGUUAUCCCAGAAAUUAGAAAGUAGAAAGUGUAAAAUGUUGCGUCUACUCAUAAUAUGCUUAAUCAGCUCGCUGUUGAUUUGCCUGCAAAUCGAUGCCUGUACGGAACGUGUGCCAAUGAUGAAAAUGAAAGUGAGUCUCGUGACCAUGCGCAAAUAUCACGGAUUUACCAACUGCACCACCGACUGUGGACCUCUGGUUGUGCGACCCAUCAAAGAGACCUACAUGUCAUUGGAGGACGUUUGCUGUGAGGGCUACGAGCGCAAGGAGGAAAAUCCCACCGCUAGCGGCGAGUGCUUGCCCAAGUGUCAUGAUUGUGGAGCAAAUGGCAAAUGCCUCUCGCCCGAGGUGUGCCUCUGUGAUCAGGGCUACAGCAAUCGGGCGAAUCGCAGCAUUUGCCAGCCCGUCUGCAGUGAGCCCUGCGUGAAAGGCAAUUGCGUGGCUCCGGAUGUUUGCCAGUGCGCCAAUAACUAUCGGUUGCGCAACAACAGUCUAUCGGUUUGCCAGCCCGUUUGCAAGACCAGCGAAUGCACAAACGGCAUCUGCCAAGAGGACGGAUCCUGCCAGUGUCGGCGUGGCUAUCGCCGCAACGCGACCCUGGACAUGUGUGUGCCCGACUGCCCGAAUCUGGCGGAGCACAGCGACUGCAUUGCACCGAACGAACAGCGCUGUCACGAGGGCUACGAGGGCCACUGGGAUCGGGAGCAGAACUACCGCUGCGAGCCCAUCUGCAGCAGCGGCUGUCGUAACGGCAAGUGCCUGGAGCCUGAGCACUGUGCUUGCAACGUGGGCUUCGGCCACGUUGGCAAUCGAGUGGGUGCGGGCUGUGAGCCCAUCUGCCAGCCGGCGUGCAUCAAUGGCACCUGCGCCGCUCCGAAUCAUUGCCUCUGCCAGCCCGGACAUGUCCCAAUGAACGCCAGCCGUCACAUUUGCACGCCCAGCUGCCGGCAAGGCUGCGAGAAUGGCGUCUGCAGUGCGCCCGGCGAAUGUGCUUGCAAUGAAGGCUACAAGAAACUAACGCCGCAUCGUUGCACGGCCAGCUGUGAUCCGCCGUGUGGCCUCAAUGCCCGUUGCACGGCGCCGGACACCUGCAGCUGUGAUGAGGGCUUCGUCCCGGUUAAUGGCAGCAGCACUCAGUGCGAGCCGUUCUGCAGCAAGGAGUGCUACAAUGGCAUCUGCAGCAAUCCCGAGGUCUGCACCUGCCUCAACGGCUACGAGGCGAUCUCGCCCUACUACUGUGUGGCCAAAUGCCGUCGCUCCUGUGUCUUUGGCAGCUGUGUGGCGCCCGACAAGUGUCGCUGCUUCAACGGGCACCGGCCCAGCGCUCGGGAUCCGUUCGUCUGUGAGCCCAUCUGCAGUGAGCCGUGCGGCCACGGACGUUGCAUUGCCCCGGAGAUAUGCGAGUGCGAGCCGGGCUAUGCGAAGCGUUGGCCCAGCGGCUCCUGUGAACCCUAUUGCAGCCAGAAGUGCAUCAAUAGUCGCUGUGAGGGCGGCACCGGACGCUGUCGCUGCUACGAGGGCUACCGUCUGCGCGAGGGCUCCAGCUCCAUCUGUGAUCCGAUCUGCUCGCCCAGCUGCAGCAACGGCACCUGUGUGGAGCCCAACAGCUGUGAGUGCUGGCCGGGCUACGAGGACACCAAGCUCUACUACGAGUGCAAGCCCAGCUGCCGGCCGAGCUGCCAGAAUGGGCGUUGCGUGGCGCCGGGUCGUUGUGAAUGCAAUCCGGGAUUUACGGCCAGCAAUGCGAGUGAGCCGCAUGUGUGUCGCUCCCAGUGCCAGGAGCGCUGCAUCAACGCCGAGUGCCUGCGUCCAAAUCAGUGCAUCUGCCUGGCCGGCUACAGUUUCAUAGCCAACAGCCGCAGCGAAUGCGCCCCCGACUGCAGCCAGCCCUGUGACGAGGACAGCGUGUGCGUGGCACCCGAGAUUUGCGAGCGGCGUACGUACCGUGCUCUUAGCGUAGACGGAUCCGGAGGCUACCCCAAGUGGAGCAUGCUCUGCCUGGCCUUGUUGCUCUGCCUCUUCCUCCUAAUGCUGCCCAUGAUCCUGACGCGUGAGUACCUGCAGCGGCGUAAGUCGAGGAAGGACAAACAGCGCGUUCACCUUAUCGAGAAUCCCAGCUAUGGUGUCUGCUUGGCGGCCAGCGAGGAGCUGCCUGCGGAUCAACAGAUUGGAUUAGGCGACUGAGUCAACAACUACUUAUCGAUAACAUAUG